UAAUUCAAAGCAGAAAUGUUACUUAGAUCGAUUUUUACCAUAUUCCUGCUGUAUAUAUCUGUGCUGGAAUGUGCAGGUAAAAGUGUUCAAGUCGAUGAAAAUUUCGAGACAAGUGGGAAUGCAAUCGAAACAACUUCUGAAAACAGUGGGGCCAGCAGCCAAUCUCAACAAUUAGAGCUCGUUGCGUUGAGAGAACAACUGAAUGAGAUGCUGGCCAAACUCAAUGAGAUGAAUGAGAAAGUCGGCAACUUAACCAGCUUGUUGCACAACAGCUGUUCGGAGAUGCCAAAUCGUAGUGGAAUCCAACAGAUCCGCAUUCCUGAAUACAGUCAGCAACCGUUUAAGGUUCUCUGCAGGAAGAGCAAACUGAGCGGGGGCUGGACAACGGUGCUGGUGCGUAAGGACGGCAGUGUCGAUUUCUAUCGCUUCUGGGAGCACUAUAAAAGUGGUUUCGGUAAUUUGACUGGCGAGUUCUUCAUCGGGCUCGACAAGCUGCAUCACCUGACCAAAGAUGGGGAUCAAGAACUACUCAUAGAAAUGGAGGACUUUGAAGGAGAUGAAAGGCAUGCAAAAUAUAACGAAUUUGUGGUCGGAAGCGAAGAGGAAGACUACAAACUGAUCACAGUGGGCAAAUACUCCGGAGAUGCAGGCGAUGACUUGCGAUAUCAUGAGGGGGAAAAGUUCACAACCCGGGAUCGUGACAAUGAUGCAUCUGCAGACAAUUGUGCUGAAACUUCCAGGGGCGCCUGGUGGUACGGAGACUGUCAUGACAGCAAUCUGAUGGGAGCUUAUAAUGAGACCCAAUAUGCCAAAGGUAUUAAUUGGGUCGAAUUUACGUCUCGCGAUUCUUCAUUAAAAGCUGUCAGGAUGAUGAUAAGGACUAAAACAGAUUGAAAUAGCAGCUGAAUAUCUUUGUGGAGCUACAGUUUUCUAAAUUAAGUAUCAAGUUUGAUGUCUUUUGAUUUCUCAUUUUAACAGUAAUUUCGGAACAAAGUAUGUCCUUUUUGGAAAAUACAACAUAUUAAAUAUC